AUGUAUUCGUCCGUCACCGUCGCCGGCGGGUCGCUGCUCAAGCGACUCGCUGACAACCCACCUUCUCAAACCCAGUGGCCUAGUGCAGUGGCCACAUUUGUCUUCAUCGCCGACUUCGUCGUCUUUCUCCCCGUCAUUCUCAUCCUCGUGUACACCCUCUCGAACGUCUACCCCACCCUCGCCGCCGUGGAGGACCCUCUCCCCGACUACGAGGCGGUGCCUAUGAACGAUGACGGCACCCCCAAGACGGAUAACGACCCGGUGAGCGCCGCCCAGCCGGGUAAGCCUAUCACGGGCUCUCUCCGCGCUACCAACGCCCUCAUCCGCUCACGCGGCGGCUGGCUUGCCAACUUCCGCGGCCUCGGUUACGCCGUUUUGGUCCAAAUCAUUGUCGCUCUCACAGCCGUAUUCUUGGCCCUGGCGCCCUUUAUCCCGUUCCGCAUCGCCCAUCUCAUCGCUCUCCUCGCCGCCGCCCCGCUUGCCACCACCUGGACCCAUCUCGUCAUCACGCCGCCCUCGACCAAGUCCUUCUUCCGCCGCAUUCCGUCCCUAAAGAAGGUCUAUGUGGCCGCCUGGUUCCCCACCUUCCUGUUCUGGGCCGCCGUCCAGGCCUCCGUCCUCUUCCCCGAGUUGCUUGGCCGCGGCAUCGGCCUGUGCAUGCGCGACCCGAACAAUCCGGACAAGAUCUGUGACCAGCCGAAGGAUGGCUCCUACCUCGCCAAGGUGAUCGCCGUUGCCGGCUUGUCGCUUGCGCUGCAGGUGCUGCUGGCCAUUCCCGCCCACGCCGCCCUGGCCCGCGUGCAGGCGUCGCUGCUGCCCGCCGACGAGGACCCGAUCGUCCCCUUCGACCGCUCCUUCGCCGGCCGCGUCGAGCCCGAGGUCGUCACCGGGAAGGGCUUCGCCACCUUUGGCGCCGCCAUCAAGACCAUCCCGCGCUCGAGCUGGCUCAGGAUCUACCUGCUGCGCGUCAAGGUCUUCUUCGUGAGUGUGGGCGCCUAUUUCGUUAUGGGUACCAUCGUUGGCCUGGAAGUUUUGGUGAUGGGUCUGAUCAGCGCUGGUAAAUAA